AUGCCUGGUACUGGCUAUUCCUAUGAACCGCUCAGCCCCGGAGCUAAAUUCCAAUGGAUGCCUCGGCACACCCGUUUCCGGCCGCGCCAGUUUGUCACGAUUUUCUUUACGAUCCUUCUGCUCUUCACUUUUACUUCAUUCUUUUACUGGGGCGACUUGACACUAUUUGCAUAUCCGGAGCAGUCGCUAUGGUCGUCAAAUGCCACCAAUUUCGAUGAGAUUUUUUUGAGAGAAGCCCAGUUUCCCCAGCACAACCUCUCAGCCCACUAUCCCGAAGGCCGAAAUGGUCGUUUUGUACGCUUUUCCAAUCAAGUAUGGGGACUAGGAUGGAACAACCUACUACAAGAACGGUUGCUAAAUACCAUUCUCGCUUACGAGUCCAAUCGAGCGCCUGUAUUCUCACCGUUUGAGGCCUGGGCUCAUCCACCUCGCGAUGAUAAAACACCAGCUGGUCUACGACAGGUCCUUAAGAUCCCGUUCAACGCUCUGCUGUCUGGUCCGCCAGCCGGUGCGUCAUGGGGCCCUGGAGAUCACCAUCCUCGUGCCAUUAGUGACAAGUGGUGGCAUGUCGCCUGUCCGCUGCCGAAGCGAACAGUGAUUAACGCGGAUGAAGUUAUGAAAGAAAUCGGGAAGGAGCUAGAUGGAGUUGCAAUGAUGAACCGAUGGACUACUCUCCUUAAAGAUAAUCCAGAGCAGUGCAUCGAGAUUGUUGGGACUCAGGUGUUCGAUUUCUACUUGAUUGGUUCGACCCGAGUCCUAUCGCUCUGGGAUAUGUUCUCCAAACACCCCGCUAUUCAAAGACUCGAGGAUUCGGAAAUUGUCAAAGAAGCAGUGGCAAAGAACAUGCCAAAGCUGCAAGCAGUCGAAGGGUUUUCCUGGAGACCUCACAUCCCGGGAGCAACCAGUGUGAUAGCAGGCCUAGUUGGCAUACACAUUCGACGAGGUGAUUACUUGGGAGAUGAAGGCAAGGACAAUGGGCACUGUUUGCAUCUAUCCCAGUGGGGCAGCACGUUUACUGGAUGGAAUCAACUUCCUGAACUUCUGGAUCAGUUCAAUCCUCCUCCACGGGGCGAUUAUGAGUGGGGGACAAGCUCGCCCGAAGUGGCUGAAUACUAUCUCAGGAGAUGUCUCCCUACACCAGCUCAAGUUGCAUCCUACCUUCGUGCCGUCCGAUCUGAUAACCACCGGCUCUCGCGCAUUUUUAUCGCCACGAAUGCUGAAAAGAGGUACCUGUCCGAGUUGCGUGUUGUUUUGGCUGCAGACGGAUGGGCGGAAAAUGCGAUCGUCACAAGUUCGGAUCUAGAGUUGAACUGGCAGGCGGCAUCAGUGGCUAUGACUGUAGACAUGUCCAUCCUCUCUCGAGCUGAGGUGUUUGUUGGAAAUGGGGCCCAGAACAUAUCCUGGCAAGCACUGCCCUUCAGUCCUCCAAAUUUUCCUCUGGCUGUCAAGUCUCCAUAUACAUCAGGAUGGCUCGAGGGAUAUGAUAAAGAACUAGCAAAACAAGCACCAGGAUUUGGAACUGGAACUACUCUGGGCUGGGGAUGCUAUGUUAAAGUCGACAAUACGACGUACAGGGCUAUGAGGGGGCGAAAUGCUGAUAAUGACACCGUCCAGACGCAAACACAGUUUACACCCACGCGGACGAUCAUCAAUUCGCGUGCUGGUCCAGUUGAUCUUGUUAUCACGUUUUUGAGCGCUCUUGAUACGAAUGAUUUGGUCCGUUUAUCGCUUCCUUUCUCAUAUUUAUCCGUCUCUGCUGUCUCCAAUGAUGGGGGGAGCCAUGCUGUUUCGGUUUAUGCUGAUAUCGCUGGGAGGUGGAUUACUUCUGACACUGGCGAUCCGGCAGUAUGGUCGACUGAUGCCAACGGAAGCAUUCUCAUUCAUCAAAUAUCACUUCAAAACCCUCGCCCAUAUUCGGAGGCCCAGCAACGCGCUCAGUGGGGAACUGUGUACCUGGCUGCUAACCGCACCAGCGGUACCACUUGGCAAACUGGCGUAGAAAUUAACGUUCGAAGCACCUUCAUCAAGUCUGGUACCUUGACUAAUACUUUAGAUACUGAUUUUCGUGGAGUCGGCGAUAGGUGGCCCACCAUGGCGAUCGCGCAAGACUUGGGUGACAUUGCCACGCAGGCACAAGUAGUAAUAUUCGCGCUUGGACAUUCGAGAGACCCUGCAGUGAAGUACUUUUCAGAGGCUGGUGUGCAAGCACGAAGCCUGUACUUUCGAUCCAAGUUCAGUUCCGAGGUAGACGCUGUUCGUUAUGCGGUCUACGACUACGACAAUGCACGUGCUGCAUCUAUCGAGUUCGACAACAGGAUCCAGAACGAUGCAGCCAGAUACUCUCCCGACUACGCCUCUGUUGUUGCCUUGGCCACUCGACAGGCUUUUGCCAGCAUCGAGAUCACGCUCAACGGGACUGGCCCUGCUGCUGACCUACAGGACAUCAAGCUGUUCACAAAGGAUGCCGCAGUAAACGACAUAGGGGAUAGCAGGGAUGGGGUGUUCUCGUCUGUAGACUCGCUGUACUCGAUCAUGCCAAUGCUGAUCUACACAAACCCGAACCUGGGCAACUAUGCGCUUGCCUCGUUCUUCGAUUACCCGCAGACUCGUGCACAGUCGUAUGCACUCCACGACCUUGGUCUAUACUACCCGCGAGUAUUGACGCAUGAAAGGCAAUACCGGAACCCGGUAGAUGCAACGGCAAACAUGAUCAUCAUGACGUACGCCUUCAUGAGGUACACUGGCGACGCAAAGCUCGCAGCAAAGCAUUACUACACACUCAAGGCAUGGGCUGACUAUCUGGUGAAGAACGCGUUGGCACACUCAGAUCAGCUGACCGGGGACUGGUUCAUGACGACGGGUGUUUCGAACCAGACGAACCUUGCGCUCAAGGGACUGAUUGCGCUGAAGAGCAUGGUGGAGAUACAGGAUGCAGUGGGGAUGAGCAAUGAAUCGUCGACGUAUGAGAAUGCGGCAAAGUCUGGACUGGAACAAUGGAUGGAGCUGAGCAAGUUGGGGACGAAGUUCAGAUACGAGUCGAGCAGCGAGCAGCCGCAGCUGCUGCAUGGGCUGUAUGCUGACAAGAUACUUGGGCUGAACUUUGUACCCGAGAGUGUUUAUGCUGCUCAGAGAACACAAUGGGCUACGGGCACAAAAUCCUUUGGGGUGCCUUUCAACGAGCAGUACUCUAUUACCAGCAUUCCUUGGCAGUAUUUCACUCUGGCUGCCAUGAUCACUGGAGAUACAAGUCUCCUUAAUAGCGCUCCGUUCGCACCAAUCAAGAACUUUGCUUCCAAGGCACAGAACAAGAUCUAUGGCCUGGCCGAUGUAUAUGAUACCAUUGCAGGGGUUGCCAGUCCGGGUUACGGGCUGAGAGGCAAUGUUGGAGGCUCCUAUGCGCUUCUAGCCCUUGGGACGCCAAACAAGACAAUUACGCAAGUGCCAGCCUCCCCGUCUCCACCGCCCCCUACUGCAACGCCGUCCAGUAGUGCCAAUUCAUCGAAGGCAUCUUUGACUAGAUGGGGCGCGGCUGACAUAUACCUACCCCUCAUGUUGAUUUUACUGCCAUGCAUGUUCAGUUUCUGA